AUGUUCUACCAGCUCUCGCAGAAGUUCUCCAAGGGCACGACGAUGGCCAUCACCAUCCCGACGAUCAUCGCGGCGUCGUACUCGGCCUUUGGCUUCUUUCGUUACACUGGCCCAGAACUCGGCGGCGCAGUGCCCGGCUCGCCCAAGACCACGUCGGCUGAGUGGCAGGCGGCCUCUGUAGAGUACGGCAAGGCGCAGAAGGCCAACCCCAUCCGCCACUUCAAGGACUAA